AUGGUUAUCGGCGACUUUAACGCAAAGCUGGGCAAUCGAAUUGAAGCGGAAAAUGUUGUUGAAGUAGUUUGCGUGGCGUGGAGCGCGUCGCAGGAGACCCCAGGCCCGACCAGAAAGUUCGACGACGUUCAAGCAGCGGAGUUUAGUCGCAAAGCGUAUCCGGAACUUGGCGACAUUCCUGUGCUCAAUCGUAAGGUUUUCCGCGGAGCCCGCGUGGAGGUGGAGGAGCACCCGUACGUGGCGAGCAUCCGCCGGCUGCACGCGCACCACCUCGUCGGGGCCAUCCUCAGCGUGCACACCGUCGUCACCGUGGCGCACCCUCUCCACGAUGUCCCGGUGACGGAGCUGGGCGUGGUGACGGGCGAGACGUACUGCGACCGAGGAGCCGGCUACUUCACCGUGCUCCUGGCUCUCGUGCACCAGGACUUCGACCCUUACACCCUCAAGGCGGACCUGGCGUUGCUGAGGCUCUAUGAGGCCAUAUUUCGCAUGACAAAUCAGAAGCCGAUCGCUCUUUUUAAGGACUUUCAUAGUGAACCAAGAGUCAAGGGCUCGCACCAACGAAAGAAAAUAGCGCAGAAGGCUUUCGUCACCGGUUGGGGUCGCUGCGACUGGAUGGGCAAUGAAUUGUGCUUGCCGAGAUCGUCUCUGUACUUUCCGGACGAGAGGCAAGAUCCCAUGUUGCGGACUAUCUCGUUCAAUCACUCUUAUCUCGAAGAAAGCCCCUAUUGUGUGGGGUAUGAAAAACACAUGAUUAAGCUGCAGAGUGGUGAAGGCAUGCUGUGCGUGGGCCCCGCGCGCGAGGCGGAGCCGCUGGCGCCGUGCCUGGCCGCGCCGGGCGCGCUGCUCACGGUGCUCGGCUCGCUCGCCGGCCUGCAGUCCUGGGGCUUCGGCUGUGGCUACACGCACGACCUGCCCCUCGUCUACACGGACCUGCGAUACUAUGACAAGUGGAUAAAUUACAAUUUAAAUAUAUUAGAAAGUCUUGAAACGGAUCAAGUAUCCGGGCUAUUCAUCGCUACUAAGGCUUAUUUUUUGCACGAGUGGCUAGUGCAGACCAGCGAGCAGCGGCCAGCGCCGCCGCGCUACCGGGACCCGCUGCAGGCCACGCCCCUCGACACCCUGCUCGCCGAGUUGACGGGAAGCGUCACUGACUUUAGAGAUUAUGCUUACGGAGGCAAACUCAGACAACAAAAAGUAGACUUAUAUAUGACUAUCAGAGCGGAUUCAAAACAAAAACAACGAUUAAAAGAAAUAUCUGAUGAUAUUGACCUGUAUUCAGAAGUGGGACCAUUGAGAUCGUUUCUUAAUAGGAAAUAUUACGGUAUGAUCAAAAACUCAAAUACUACUUCAGUCAAUGCCACGAAAUCAGGAUAAAAUUGAAAUAAAAGGCGUAUAAUUUUUU